GUUUUCUGUUGGUCGCAACUUUAAUUUUAAAGGGGCCACCACUAACAGACUCUCCUUAAUUCCCCUUACAUCUCUCUCUCUCCUCCUCGUAUAAUAUAUCCAUAACGGAUGAUAUUUUACUGGGAAAAAAAAUGAAAGAGAAAAGGGCUCCUUAUUUCACAUGUAUUAUAUAUUAACAUAAACAACAAACACACAUCUCUUUUAUUUCUUUCUUUUCUCUUUUUUACAUAUAUUAUCUUUUUUCUUCUUUUUGUAAAAUGAAGAAUAGUAGUGAAUCAUGCGUGUCUUCGGUUGAUUUACCAGAAAUGGGCAAAAGCAGCACAGACUCGGGUCAAAUCAUGCCUCAUAUCGAUCCCAGCAAUCCAUUCGCUUUCAGUUUAGAACAAAUGUGUCAUCUGGUAGAUGGAAAACAGCUGACCUUUUUGGAAAAGGUGGGUGGCACAGAAUCUAUCGCACGAGGUCUACAUUCAAGUACACAACACGGUAUCGUCUGGAACGAAGAAAAUCUGUCGUAUAUUCGCAUGUAUGAUCUAUUACAUACACCACAGGAGCAAGUCUACGAUCAUCAAUUUCCCAUCUCCAUGGAGUGUGAUACCUUUAUUCAAAGAAGACAGAUUUUUGGCUCCAAUGUCUUGCCAUUGAUUGAAGAAGUCUCCUUACUCGAGCUCAUGUGGCAGUCCUUUCAAGAUAAAACCUUGAUCCUCUUGACCAUCUCUGCCAUGAUUUCACUCACAGUGGGAAUCUACGAGGAUGUAAACACAAUUGAAUACGACGCUUUUGGCAACAAGAUACCCGGUGUCAAAUGGGUGGAAGGUGUAGCCAUUAUUGUAGCAGUUUCUCUCGUGGUCAUCGUCGGUAGUGUCAAUGAUUUCCAAAAGGAGCGUCAAUUCCGUAGUCUAAACGCUAAAAAGGAAGACCGACUUGUCUCUGCCAUUCGUUCAGGGAAACAAAUCCUAUUAUCAGUAUACGAUGUACAAGUAGGCGAUGUAUUAAAACUAGAGCCUGGAGAUAUUAUAUGUGCCGACGGUAUCUUUAUCGAAGGCCAUAACCUAAAAUGUGACGAAUCCGCUGCUACCGGUGAAUCCGAUGCUGUACGUAAACUGUCAUGGGAAGAUUGUCAAAAGCGACGCUCACGUAGACGACGUUCUUCUUCUACCAUGGUACCUGAUAUUAAACGCACCUCAUUUGUCUCCAUUUCCGAAAAUGAGUACAUGACCAAACCUCAAUUUGAUGAAGAAGAUGAAGAAGAUGACGAAUUACCCUUUCAGAAACGAGAGAUUGACCCAUUUUUAGUCUCUGGAUCGAAAGUCUUGGAAGGUAUUUGUACCUAUCUAGUCACAGCCAUUGGACCCAACUCAUUCCAUGGUCGUACCUUGAUGGCUUUACGUACAAAGGAUGAAAAUACACCGUUGCAAGAUAAAUUGGAUAUUUUGGCUACAAGUAUUGCUAAAUGUGGAUUAUCCGCUGCUGCCUUCUUAUUAUCCAUGUUGAUCAUUCGUUGUAUCGUGGGUUACGCUACUGGCAUUUUAUCUACCGUGCCAGCAGAUGUUGUAACACAUAUCAUGCAAAUCUUGAUUACCACAGUCACCGUCAUUGUCGUGGCUGUACCAGAAGGUCUCCCACUCGCCGUUACCCUUGCUUUGGCUUAUGCUACACAAAGGAUGCUUAAAGAUAACAACCUUGUUCGUGUUUUGGCCGCUUGUGAAACCAUGGGUAAUGCAACCACCAUCUGCUCUGAUAAAACCGGCACCUUGACCCAAAACAAAAUGUCAGUGGUAGCAGGCACAUUUGGUUCCUCCUUUCGAUUUCUGAAAGACCCACCUGCCUCACGCAGUGAUUUAUUUGAUAUCCAUCUUGUAAAGACCCAUGUGCCAUUAGCCGUACGUAAUUUCCUCAACCAAGCUAUGGCCAUCAAUUCCACUGCCUUUGAGAACACCGAUGCCUUGGGUGAUACUUCCUUGGUGGGUAAUAAAACAGAGACCGCCAUGUUAUCCUUCGCCAAAGAAUAUAUGGGAUCAGAACCAUUUCAAACACUACGUUCGUAUUGGCAAGUAGAACAUGUAUUUCCUUUUAGCUCAUCCAGAAAGGCCAUGGCUACAGUGAUACGUAUACCUACAUUUUCAGGUCAUCCUAUCUAUCGUCUUCAUAUUAAAGGUGCCUCUGAAUUACUCCUAAGUCAAUGUAGUCGUAUUGUAUCCAUGCAUGAUCCUAAUUAUAUCACUGAGGAUCCUGCUAAUUACAAGAUCUAUACACGUGCCAUGACCGAUGCGAACCGUAACCGUAUGUCUAAAAUCAUCCAAAGCUACGCUACCCGUUGCCUUCGUACUUUGGCUGUAUGUUAUCAAGAUUUCGAUAGUUGGCCCAGUACGCGUACAUUAGAAGAAGUGACUCAACGAGGUGAACUAAACUUGUUGGGGAUAGUGGGGAUUGAAGAUCCAUUACGUCAUGGUGUGACGGAAGCUGUGGCAGCUUGUCAACGUGCUGGUGUUUGUGUUCGCAUGGUGACAGGUGAUAACAUGUUGACGGCUAAAUCCAUUGCACGUCAAUGUGGUAUUUAUAUGCAUGGGGCUUUAGCGAUGGAUGGGCCUACUUUCCGAAAACUGGGUCAUGAGGAGCGAUUAGCUGUCUUACCAAGGUUAAGGGUAUUAGCAAGAAGUAGUCCGGAAGAUAAACGUAUGUUGGUCCAUGCGUUACGUGAGACAGGUGAAAUUGUGGCUGUCACGGGGGAUGGUACAAACGAUGCUCCCGCUUUAAAAGCUGCGGAUGUUGGUUUCUCUAUGGGUAUUGCCGGUACAGAAGUAGCUAAAGAAGCUUCCAGUAUUAUCUUGAUGGAUGAUAAUUUCUCUAGUAUUGUACGUGCUAUCUCUUGGGGUCGAUGUGUCAAUGAUUCUGUCAAAAAGUUUUUACAGUUUCAACUCACGAUUAAUAUUACGGCCGUCAUGUUGACUAUUUUCUCUGCCAUUGUGAGUCCAGAUCAAACAUCCAUUUUAUCAGCAGUGCAGUUACUAUGGGUUAACUUGAUUAUGGAUACGUUUGCAGCUUUAGCGUUGGCGACGGAUCCUCCUUCCCCUGAUUUAUUGAAUAGGUUACCUGAAGGAAGAACAGAUCCAUUGAUUGAUACGUGCAUGUGGAAAAUGAUUAUAGGUCAAACGGUGUAUCAGUUGGGUGUGAUAUUGACAUUAUUGUAUACAGAUCUAUUGGGUUUGGGUAAUGAUAUGGCUACAUUACAAACGGUGAUAUUUACCACUUUUGUAUUCUGUCAAAUCUUUAACGAAGUCAAUUGCCGUAGAAUUGACAAUCACCUUAACGUAUUUAAGGGUAUUAAACAAAACAAGUUCUUUAUCAUGAUAUUUUCGAUUAGUGUGUGUGGACAAAUUGUGAUUGUGGAGCAUGGAGGAGCGGCAUUCCAAACUGUACCGUUGGAUCAACACCUAUGGAUGACAAGUGUUCUCAUUGGUCUCGUUUCAAUUCCUAUCGGAGUCAUUAUCCGUAUGAUACCAGACGAAUUGGUGUCACUCCAGAAAAAGAAGAGUAGAAGUAAGAAGAGAGGUAGUGAAGAGGAUGUGGAAAUGUAUGAAAAUAACAAUGAGAAGAUGGUAUUACAAAUAGAAGCAGAAGAUACAGCUAUUCAUUGGCCUAUUAAGAUUACUUAGAUCUUUUGUAUUUAAAAUAACAAUCAUAAAUAAAAAAAAAUAAGGUACCGAGUUCCUUCUCAUCAGUGCG